CCUCCCCAACCCACUCCUGAGGUUGAGCUAAAAGGAUCCGUUUCCUGGAGGACCUGGAGAACAGACACGUUCCUGGUGGUGUAGAAGGGACUGAUGACAAUGCUUCAGAGUAUAGCGGAGACACAGGGAAGAUACUCAACCUGUUAACAAAAAAUUAAGCAGAGGGAAAAUACCAACGGAAAGAAUUUUUUUUUUAUAUAUAUGUACACACCCAUAUAUAUAUAUACAAUUUAGAAAUAUUCCCCAGGUGGCCACAAAGCAUGGGCUGUGCUCCAAGCAUCCACAUCUCUGACAGCAGAGUGGUCUAUCACAGUAGCAAAGAGUCAGAGGAGUGCAAUUCUCCUCACCAGACCAACACAACCAUGUCUCAACAGCAGCAAGGCAACCCCGUCCCAGGAUUAUUCAUUAAAUCCUCCAACACAUCCACUUAUAAGGUGAGGACUAAUUCCUCUAAGAAAGACAAGAGGGAGAACAGCCAGAGCAUGGAGGCAGAGACUCAGACCAGCAGAUCCAGUGUUAAGGCACCAGAAACAGAUGUGCAGUUUGGCCCUAUGAGACUUCAUCAAGAUCAACUUCAGGUACUUUUAGUGUUUGCCAAAGAAGAUAACCAGAGUAAUGGGUUCUGCUGGGCAUGUGAGAAAGCUGGAUUUCGGUGUAAUAUUGCCAGGACCCCUGAAUCUGCACUAGAAUGUUUUCUGGAGAAACACCAUGAAAUUAUCAUUAUUGACCAUAGACAUUCCAGAUACUUUGAUGCAGAAUCAUUAUGCAGGUCUAUCAGAGCAACUAAACCCUCAGAAAAUACAGUCAUUAUUGGUGUAGUUCGAAGGCACAGCGAUCGCGAAGAGUCAAUAAUGCCCCUGAUCAAUGCUGGCUUCACAAGGCGAUAUGUAGAAAAUUCUAAUGCAAUGGCCUGUUACAAUGAGCUGAUUCAGCUGGAACAUGGAGAGGUGCGGGCACAAUUCAAACUGAGGGCUUGUAAUUCAUUAUUUACAGCAUUAGAAAAAAGUCAAGAAGCCAUUGAGAUCACAAGUGAAGACCAUGUAAUACAGUACCUCAAUCCUGCAUUUGAAACAGUGAUGGGCUAUCAAAUAGGUGAAUUAAUAGGAAAGGAAUUAACAGAAGUGCCUGUAAAUGAAAAAAAAGCUGAUUUCCUAGACACUAUUAAUUCCUGCAUAAAGAUAGGAAAGGAAUGGCAAGGAAUGUACUAUGUGAAAAAGAAAAACGGAGACAGCGUACAGCAAAAUGUGAAGAUAAUCCCUGUCAUCGGACAGGGCGGAAAGAUUAGACACUAUGUGUCAAUUAGUAGACUGUGCAAUGACAACAAUAAGGCAGAAAAAACAUGUGAACGCGUUCAGGCUGAAUCUCAGACAGAUAUUCAGACUUGCAGACAUAAAGACAGGAGGAAAGGAUCACUAGAUGUGAGAUCCACAACCUCUCGAGGGAGUGAUGGCAGCUCGCAGCGCCGGCACUCCUCCAUGGCCAGGAUCCAUUCCAUGACUAUCGAAGCGCCCAUCACCAAGGUAAUAAACAUCAUCAAUGCUGCACAAGAAAGCAGCCCUGUGCCCGUUGCAGAAGCUUUAGACCGAGUUUUGGAGAUUUUAAGAACCACUGAGCUGUACUCUCCACAACUGGGGACAAAAGAUGAAGAUCCACAUACAAGUGACCUCGUUGGAGGGUUAAUGACAGAUGGUUUACGGCGGUUAUCAGGGAACGAAUACUUACUGUCAGCAAAACAAUCUCAUCAGGUUCCUAGCAGUUUGAUCUCUCCAAUCUCCCUCCAUGACAUACCCCCCCGGAUAACACAGGCAAUGGAAAAUGAAGAACACUGGGAUUUUGAUAUCUUUGAACUUGAGGCUGCCACCCAUAAAAGACCUUUGGUUUAUCUGGGUCUCAAAAUAUUUGCUCGCUUUGGAAUCUGUGAAUUCCUAAACUGUCCAGAAUCAACUCUGAGGUCGUGGUUACAACUUAUUGAAGCUAACUACCAUUCCUCCAACUCCUACCAUAAUUCUACGCAUUCUGCCGAUGUGCUACAUGCCACUGCUUAUUUCUUGUCUAAAGAAAGAGUAAAGCAAACUUUGGAUCCAAUUGACGAGGUCGCUGCUCUCAUCGCUGCCACAGUCCAUGACGUGGAUCACCCAGGAAGAACAAAUUCCUUCCUGUGCAAUGCUGGCAGCGAGCUAGCAAUUCUCUACAACGACACCGCGGUGCUGGAGAGCCAUCACGCCGCCCUGGCUUUCCAGCUCACCACACGGGAGGACAAAUGCAAUAUAUUUAAAAACAUGGAAAGGAAUGAGUAUCGAACCCUUCGCCAAGCCAUUAUUGACAUGGUCUUAGCAACAGAAAUGACGAAGCACUUUGAGCAUGUCAACAAGUUUGUCAACAGCAUUAAUAAACCCUUGGCAGCGCUAGAAGAAAAUGGGAAUAACGGUGAUGGAGACUCAGUCAAAAACGUUCUCACAUCUCCCGAAAACCGCAUCCUCAUCAAACGUAUGUUGAUAAAGUGUGCGGACAUUUCCAAUCCCUGCAGACCCUUACAGCAGUGCAUCGAGUGGGCUGGACGCAUCUCUGAGGAGUACUUUGCACAGACUGAUGAAGAAAAGAGGCAAGGCUUACCUGUCGUGAUGCCAGUUUUUGACAGAAAUACUUGUAGCAUCCCCAAAUCCCAAAUAUCAUUUAUUGAUUACUUCAUCACCGAUAUGUUUGAUGCCUGGGAUGCAUUUGCAGACCUGCCAAAUUUGAUGCAGCAUCUGGAUAAUAACUUUAAAUACUGGAAAGGACUAGAUGAAAGGAAGCUGCGGAGCCUUCGACCACCACCAGAAUAGCAAUUAGGCCAUGGUGUGUAAUUUACUAACCCGAUGCAUAUUUAUUCAAGCUCACUUCUGUUCAUGUGAUUUCAGAUUUGUUUUGGUCUCUUCAGUAUUACAGUAAGGCUAGAGCCUAUGCACAGGGGGAGCUUUCAAAUUUGAGCGAACACGAGGUCAGCAGUUGACUCCCCCAGACGACGUGUGUGGACUCCACCAAAACUGACCUGUCAAGUGGAAUUACACUGGAUGCUGCAGUACUUGUACUGAAGAGGGUCUGUUAGUGAACAUAUUUUUGCAUUCUCUCUGUACCAGUAUGUGAAGCUGGAAGACCUUGAAGAAUCCUCAUAAGAAGGACAUUCAUUAGAAGAUUUUGCUUAAUCCUCA